UUGACUUUUGAUUUUUGAUUUUAUUCGCCUGUCGUCGAUCGCUGCUGCAGCACUUUGACAGACGCGCACUCCAGCAGCGUCACCGUUCGAACAGCUGAUUGUCAUACACGUGGGACCCGCUUCAGUAAUGAGAUAGCCGCGUUAUUUUCCUGGUAAAAGGCGUACUCGUACGCCUGGUGAAUGAAACAAUGCCCGACCGUGGGUCCGAUAUCGAACAAAAUGCGAAAUUCCUGUCCAAAAACGAAACGACCAUCUCCAACGGUACCGCAACCUCGGCGGUGGUACCGAGGAAAAACGUGGACGAUUACGUACCUGUCGAUGGGGGCGUCAGAGCCUGGUCCAUAAUGGUAGGGUCGUUCUUCUGCAAUGGGAUUUUGUUUGGUGUGAUCAACUGCCAUGGGGUGCUGUACAACCAGUUAUUCGAGUCGCUGGAAAAGGAAGGGGUGCCGAACGCCUCAGGAAAAGCUGCUCUAUCCGGCUCACUGGCCAUGGGCAUGACCUUCUUCAUGUCACCUUUAUCCGGCAUCCUCACCGACUGCGUGGGCAUCCGCAAAACCACCUUCAUCGGAGGCCUCAUAGCAUCCGCGGGCAUGUUCCUCUCGUCCUUCUGCACCCACAACAUCACUGCCUUCUGCUUCACCUACGGCAUCAUGUACGGCCUGGGCGGUUCCUUGGCCUACACGCCAUCUCUCGCCGUCCUAGGACACUAUUUCAAACGAUACCUCGGUAUCGUGAAUGGAGUGGCAUCGGCAGGAAGCUCAGUGUUCACCAUAGUCAUGCCAUACAUCCUGGACGGGUUGUUACAGAAGUAUGGACUGGUAUGGACACUAAGAGCCUUGGCUUUAAUAGCGGGUUUCAUUAUGGCGGCCGCAGUGCUGUUUAAACCCGUUAAAAUAACGCCUUCUUUAAAGAAGGUGCAAUUAAGAGACUUGUUUAAUGUUUCCGUGCUGACUAACACUAAGUACAUUAUAUGGAUAGCUGUGAUAGGAUUAUGCCUUUUCGGGUAUUUUAUCCCAUACGUUUAUGUAAUAGCCUUUGUGAAAAACGAGUUCCCGGAUGGGGUUGACAGGAACCUUCCUGUUCUGUGUAUAGGAGUAAUGUCAGGGGUCAGUAGACUAGUGUUUGGAUAUAUAGUGGAUCGCACCAACGUAAACAAAAUCACGCUGCAGCAAAUAGCAUUUCUGGCUCUAGGAGUUUUAACAAUGCUUCUUCCUCUAUCCAAAGGAAACUUCCCACUGUUACUAAUCUUAUGCUUGGGCAUGGGAAUCACCGACGGAUGUUUCGUAAGCUUGCUAGGACCAAUAGCGUUCGAACUCUGUGGUAGGGACGGUGGAACCCAAGCCAUAGGUUUUCUUCUGGGAGUUUGUUCAGUUCCCCUCACCAUCGGGCCUUACGUGGCAGGCCUGUUGUAUGACAGCCAAAGAAGCUUUACGUUGCCGUUCCUGCUGGCCGGGAUUAACCCAACGAUUGCCUCCUUUGGGAUGCUGGGCAUCAGAUGUGCUGGCAGAAGGCGCAGAGUAAUAGAAGAGUCUUCGGCAGUGCAGGAACCUCUUAGGCCUUCAGUGACAGAUAUAUCACAGAAUAAGCCAGAGGACCAGACAUGAUGAAGGCUUAAUUUUUUUAGUUAAUUUUGCUAUAGUUCCUAAAAUUUUAAAAAUUCGGAAAUUUGUCCGAACAUUUUUUAAAGAUUUAGUUUUUUUUAAUUAAAUUAAGCGAGAGGCUAUUGUUAUUAAUAGCAUUUAGAUUUUUUAAUUUAUUUAAUAACUACUUGCAUUUAGUUUUAGGUUUGUUAAGCGUUAAUUUUAUUUUCCCUCUUAAGUGACAAUUUUUUUAGGGCUAUGAUUCUCAGCAUCUGAGGUUUUUUAAACUUUAUAUUUUAAUUUUAUAUAUUCUAUUUGUCGUACAAAGACGAUGAAAUUAAUUUUGUACAUAUGUAUUUAUAUAUUAUAUUGUGACAAAACUUUUAGUACCUAACUAUUAUUUUUUUGAUAAUAAAAUGAACUGCAUUUUUUUGAGUUUUGUAACAAUGUGAUAUAAUUAAAAGAAUAACAAAAUAUCAAAUGAAAUGAAACGGAAAAUGCAAACUAAGGGUGCCUAAUUAGAAUAAAUAUAUUUUUAUUAAAUACCUAUGUCUGAGUUUCCUUGAUUUUGUUUCGAAUUUUAUAAAUGUUGAUUAUACGAUGUUACAAGUAA